GCUAGAUGACGGGGAAACAGGCUGUUGGGUCGGAAGAUGCGAGAAUUUAGCUGAAAUUUUGCUGGCAUUAAUCCGCCAGUGCAUCUAGUGAAGUGAAACUGGAAUCUGUCGACUGUUGUGCUGAAGGGACUAAAUUGAGCAAGGAUGUGACAAAUAUGCUGAUUAAAUUUGACUGGGACCUCAGCAUCCCUUGCCAGAAACCGAUUUUUCAACGACUAUAAAAUUGGUACAUCAUCCUAGCACUAAAUACAGACCCACAAUGCACUCCUCCCGGCCCUCCAUUCCCCCACGACCACGUCGAUUCGACAACGGAAGGCGAGUAGAGGCUAAACCACCCAGUCACACAAACAAGAGGGAAGAAAAAAACAUAAACACUGUUUCUUCAUCCCCUCGCCAUGUUACCCGAAGACUUCCAGAGCCUUCCAGGUUAAAGGGCAUAGGUCACAGUGCACGAUCAUCAGGGGGACAUCCCAAACUGGUCCAGCAGCAGAAGAACAAUACCCACCCAGUACCAGCUAACACAAAAUCAAAAGGUGGACAUGGUGCCUCAAACUUGGGCCUCCCUGCAGUGGAUCCAAACUGCAAUGAACCCAAUCUGCCUUGUCUGUGUUGUAAUGACCACUCGCCUCAGGAUAGCAAUACCCUGUUCAAUCACAACCACAACAACAAUAACACUGUGACCAUCAGGCAACAGCUUAAGUUUGUUCCACCAUCUCAAAAGAGAAAAGAAGCUGAGAAGAAACCAGAGACCAAAAAGACCAAAUGUAAGCCAGAGGAGAAGCAGCCUAUGGCUGAUCCUGUGGCCAAACCACUGGAGGACAGAGAAGAGGAAAAUGGCAAUGUGAAAGAAGAGGAGGUAGUUGAUCACAAGGAUGAUGAAGCUGAUGUUAACGUGAAAGGAAAAGUAGAUGAGAAUGGCAACGGAAACAAUGGCGCUGUCGUUGAUGACGUUGUUGAUGAUAUUGAGGAAGACGAUGAUGACGAUGAUGAAGAUGAAAACACUCUUGUACCUUCCUGUUGCGAUUGCCCAGCCUCGCUGCUGGACUUCUCUCUCACCUCUUCUACCUCGUCUUCUUCCACUUCCAUCAGCUGCUGCUCAGACUUUGAGUCGGAUUGCCCAGAUGCUUUUUCAACAUCCUUGCAGCAGCAAGAAGCCCCUGAGAAAUAUCCGUCACCUCACUCCUCACCAUCACACACCACUGCUUUCCAGCCUUACUCGCUGCCAUUAGCCCUUAGCGCUUCAGUUAGACCACCUUCAUCUCCUUCCUCCCCUGAUGAGGGCUAUCCUUCAGGUUCUGCAUCCCCCACCUCUGAUUUUAUGGAGAACAAGGGACCUGAGGAAGAAAAGGGCAUUAAAGUGGAUGUUCUGAACUUCCUGGACUCCAUAGAUGAAUUAGGCAAAGUAGAUUGCUUCUAUCACAUUGCCCAGGUAGCCCGAUGGGAAUUUGAGGGUGACUUGGAUCUCAGAGAUAGGCUGCUUCAUCAGGAAAAGCUUGAGAAAGUCAACAAAGAAAUGAAACUCACCUAUCUGGAAAGACUUCAGGAAGCUGGCCGAAAUUUUGACAAUGAGGAUCUUUCUGGCUUGGUGGAUGAAAUGGGCAAUAUUGACAUGUCCUGGAAGUUUUAUAAAAGUGACAAAUCAUGUGAUUCCCAGGAAUACAGUGAUGCAGGAGUGGAUAUGACAGCCCCAUCCGACCUAGAUGAACCCACAAUCCCAGAUUCUCUUGCUCCGUCACCCACGGAUCCUCCUCCCCGCCCACCAAAACCUCCAGCAAGACAUGUCAUUGCCCAAUCUGAAAUGCACACAUAUAUGAACAUCAGUGGUAACACACCUUCAGUUUCCUCCAACUCUUCCCCAACUAAAUCAUUUAGUCUUGCAGUUUCUCCUCCUCCAUCUUCACUUUCAUCUGCAAUAUCGAAACCACUAAUGGUGCCUCCUCUACCACCCCAGCCUGUCCCUUACUUCACCCUGUACACCGAGUCCCCUGCUACCUCAUCACCCACUCCACCCAUUCCUCCUCCGAGAAGGCGCCAUAAAGCUCGUCUAGAGGCUCAGAGACUAGCCGAGCUUGAGAGAGAGAAAACACCUCAGUCUCUUCCUCCUCCAACCACCCGACCGCCACCUCUACCACCUCCACCAGCCUUGACCUCGCCUCCUGCCAUUCCACCUCCUCCAUCACUUCCACCUCCUCCAUCUUUCCAUGCUCUGGAUGUGGAGAUUCGUAAACUGCUGGCUCUGGCAGGGAUAACCCAGGCUGAGUUGCUGAGGCUUAGCCCUGAAUUGGGUGUCUGUGUUGAUGGGGUUUUGGAGGAGGAAGAGAAAUCUAAGGUUUCCAAAAAUGGAAAUGUCAGUGCUAACAAAACAAAUAAAAAUGAGAAAGAGGAUGUGGGGACUUCGAGGGAUGAACUGACAGAGGGAAAAAGGCUUGGGAAAGACAGUUUAAAAGAAAUGAAUGCAUUAGAUACAUUAAAUAAAGAGGAAGAAUUCAUAGAAGAAAAAGAAGACUGCAAGGACACCUUCAGGACAACAUCUUUCACAGAGCUGGCUAAACGACGCAAGCGAAAUGGAGGUAGCAGUAACUCUAGCUGCAGCUGUGGUUUGGGAGAUAAUUCUACCUUGAAAGCUGACUCGUAUUACAGCACGGAUAUUAGCAAUAAGCAGUUCACUGAUGCUAGCUUUGGCAGUUUUGAUUAUUCCUCAGUGAUACCUGAUUCCCCUCCUUCUCCCCCUCCUCGACCUUUACCCCCAUGCCCCAAAUUAUUGUCUGAUCCCCCUGAGCUACCCUCUCUAAAACCUUGCACUCUCCCAGCUAAUGCAGCUCUCCCGGAUAGAUUUGAUUGGCUGAUUGCCUUUACUCCAGACACAGAGACUCCUCCAUUAGAAAUAAAAAAAUCGCUUGCUGAUGCCACAGCCCAAAAGUCCAAUUCUGGUCCAAAAGUCACUACGUUUAAAGAGUUGCGCAACAGAGGCAAACAGGCUUCACCACCAACUCAAGUUCAACCAGAACCGGAUCCGACCAUUGUUACGCCAGAUCCCGAUUUCCUGUACAACCUCAAGUGGAGGAGAGAAAAGGCAGAUGGGGAUGGCACGCAGUGGGAGUAUACUUCCCAGGCACAUGCCACAUUCCUUCAGCCACCACCUACACCUGCUUCCCUGGCUCUGUUUAGAGAAAUGCGCCACUUGAACACUGAAGGAAAUGUCUCUCUGGAGCUCAACCCUCUGCAAUGUAUUGGUUGCUCAACCAGUAAGCACAAUUGGUGUCCUUUCGAUGAAGAACCAAAGACAGACCAUCACAAGAAAAAAGAGGAAGGGGAAGAUGAGAAGGAGACAGAAGUAAGAGGAACAGCGGAUGGAGGACGAACACGGGAGUCUAGAACAAGAGUGUGCUCCCCUCCCUCGUCCUUGGCCUUUCCUCGUUCUUUGCCCCUUCCCUACUAUUUGCACUCUGAUCCGCCAUGCCAAGCACCCUUGUUUUACCGUUCUGACUUUUAUAGGAGCCAGUCCAAAGCCUGUCCUCUUCGGCAAGCUCCCAGAGACCCUGUGCGCCGAGCGAACCCUAGGUCUGACUCUGUUAGAGACAGUUGUGCUGACUCUAUCUGCUGCACUGAAUCUGUCUGUAAACAUGACAAUCCUUCCAGUGGUAACAUUCACAGUACUUCAAACAGCAUUAUAGAUUCUUUGUAUCAUUCUUCCCAGUACUCUGCUAACAAGAAAGACAAGGUAUAUAACUUUGGAAAGGACCCUGUUAACAACUAUGGGUCACUGUAUGAUAACUGCUUAGAUGCAAACAGUAAUGUCAAUUCACGUUGUUGUGGUGAUAAAUACAUGAUGAAGAGCUUGAAGCUCCUCAAUGACUUUGACAAACCAGCGGCUAGCAAGUACAUUGAUGGUGAGACCACCCCAUACAAAAACUUUGAAAUGAUAAGUUAUGUUAAUGCAGAAAAACUCAACGACCUGAGAAAAGUUAACAGAAACUCCAAGGGCGAUGUUAAUACCCCGUUCUCCUUGAGCUCUAGAGAGGCCGGUGUACCAGUCUCAGCAAAUGACUCCUUUUUUGGCCAGAACAGUGAUGUAAAAAAGAUGGAGGACAACAUCCAAAUCUCACCCUUCCCCACCCUUUACCUCUACCAUCCCAAAAACUGCCCCCUGCACAAGGGUGCCCCCCCUCGCUUGUCCCCUGUAGGAGCAAUCUCACCCCCGUGCAGGGCGGGGCCUCUGUCUCCAGGGACAGAUGUGUCCCGCCUCUGUUCGCCCCUGUUCCCUCGCAGCUACACCCUCCCUGCUCUUGUGGCACCCCUCUACUACCCCUACCUCUACACCACACCUGCUCAAGCGCCACAGUGGGGGCCAUCAGCCCCCAAACUCCACUCUCAGCAGAGUACACCACCACCCUCUCUGACUGUCCGUAGCCUGUCCUUCACUGGUUCCGUGGCUAAGGCAGGGACCUGGAUGGGUGAUGAUUCAGAGGUGAGAGGUGAGGAGCUGUCCUCUCUUUGCCUGCAGGAAAAAAGAGCUCUCGUCAGUGCAGUCAGUGUUGCAGUGGAGGCCAUUUUGGCUCAGUUCAGCUCCUCCAGGACUCUCGUGCAGAAGUUUCACUCAGUAGAUAAGGCUCUCUCCGGAGACAGCAGUGUGAACCCUACUCUAGGUCGGCUGCUGCUACAGUGCCUUUGCCCUGCUUUGCGUGGCCUCCUCUGUGAUGGACUCAAGCCCCAUCAGAGUGACCUCAUCACAGGCAGGAGGCCAAAUUCACCUUGGGGAUUAGUUCUGGCCUCCACUAAGCCAGGCUCCAGCACGCAAGCUUUAUACAGCCUGAAGGCUAAAGUGGCUGCCCUUCCCCAGCUCAAGCAGAGCCGACACAGGUUCAACGCCUUCCUGCUCGGCCUUCUGAAUAUAAAGCGCCUAGAUUACUGGCUGUCCCAUCUGCAGUCUUGCAGUGAUGUGUUGGAGACAUAUUACCGGCACACAGCCUUCAUGCGCCUUGCAGGCACUUCCUGCAAGCUUCUCUUUGACGAGCUCCUCCUUCUGCUACAGCCUCUCUCCGUCCUGACCUUUAACAUCGACCUGCUGUUCCAGCACCACCACCUUGACCCUUCCUCCCCUGACCUCACGCCGAGCGGCCGCAGUCCGGAUUUGCCCCGCUCGCUCGGCCAGGACCCGGGCUUCCGCUCGCUACGCUCGAGCCACUCACGGGUCAACGGUCCACAUCUGAGGGCUGUGUCCGGGCAAGACCUUGGCGGUUCGGAUUCAAAAGCAGCCAGCCAUAACUCCAGCUCCUUAAGGUCAUUCGAUCCAGGAUCCACCCACUGCAGGCCGAUAUUAUCAGGCAUCAGUAAGGGUGAGACCAGCCCCCAGCUGCAGUGGCUGCAGGAGAAGGAGAUAGUGCCACCUAGUGUUGGGAGUGUGAAUAUCCUCACCCAGCAAGCAGGCCAGGCUCUUCAGCAUGGCUGGGGGGCAGUACUGCGUUGGGGGGAGAAGUUAGGGCAGAAUUGGAGUGGUUUAACAUCCUUUGGCUCCUCAGAAGAGACUGAAGGGGUUCAAACAGAGAAGGAUCUGAACGCAGAUGCCGGUUCAGCUUCCUGUCAGAGACCAGGCCAGGAGCCCUUGACAGCUUACAGCGGAACAGUUCCAUGGGGUUUGGGCAGGCUGUUCGGGGCUUCCAGUAGCCCCACAAAUCCUCCGACAAAAAGACGUCCCUCUCAGUGGCUGUCUCCUGGUGUAACAGUCCUAAGCCAUAUGACGAGUACAGGGCAUGCCUUUCUGCCUGAGAAGAUAGAGCCUGGAAGACAAAGAGAGAAAGCGAUGGAGAAAAAUGAAGAAAACAAAGAAAAAGAGUAUCAGCCAAAACCGCUGAGGGCAGUCCGGACCCUGUGUGAUCACUCAGGCACAGGGGCAGAGCUGAGCUUCAGAAAAGGGGAGGAGCUUAUACUGUUGGGAGGUGUAGACCAAGACUGGAUUCGAUGUCGUCAAGGUGACAAGGAGGGCCUCGUUCCUAUUGGUUUUGCAUCACUUAUCAUAUGACUUCCAGACUCCUGGUUGGAUGAGUGUGUGGGUGAAGCCCAAGAGAACAAUAGGCCAAGCGUCAACUAUGUCAAAAAGAGGCGAGUGUAUGUACUGAUAUAGUUAUUAGGAACCGUGCAGAGUAUUCUCACCUCUGCUGCCCGGUAUGUGAUGUCUCACAUGUUUUUUUCUGCAUCUCCUUGCAUUCUAUUAAACAUAUACAUUACUGUACAAAUUAUCAAUAUACAUAUAUAUGAAAAUAUUAGAUUCAUAGAAUUAAAGUAAUAGAUUUGACCAAGAUAGAUAGACAGAUAGACAAACAAGAACUACAACUGAAUAGUCAUUGUGUAGUAAUAAAAUCCAUAUAUGGAAUUCAUCAUGUAUUGCAUUCUGAAAUAUUCCAUCCAUAAUAUACAGCUUACCCAAAAUCUUUAAAAGCAUUAAGUUUGUGAAUGGAAAGCAUAUAUAUUUGUGAGAUUACCCAACAUUUCAGGUACCUCUGUGGUUUUACUCAGUCAGGUGUAUAUAGCUAAAGAAGCCUACAUAAAGAUGGAAUUGUAAUUAUAUGCUUUAGAAUUACUAAAAUACAUCUUGUAAAUCCCAAAGUCUAAAAGUAUUGUCUGUUUUGACAUGGGUUAAGCCUAGUACUAGACCAAAGUGUAUUGUCGGUUGUUUAGUCCAAGACUAGACUUCCAAUUUGGACUUGGACUCAACUUUCAGACAAACAUCCCUAUGUUUAUAUUUUAAAAACAUGCCAGAUGAUAAAGCUCUUUCCCAGAGCCUUACCUGUCCCACAAGACUGAACAUGUAAAUCAACUUCUCUAAUUGUUGUCGCUCUCACUAGUGGUAGUAUAGUAGUUUAUUGUGGCAGUGUGCUGAUCACCCUUAUUUGCUAUUGAUUUCUAUCAAUGUGUUGGCUAAUGUGGUUAGAAGUCUUUAUUCUUGUAGGCUUGGUAUUGAUGACUAUGCAUAUACCAUACUGUACUAUUCACAAGACUCGUUGCUGAGGUAACCAUAUAUGACUGAUGGCAUUAUUCAUUUAUAACUGGUAAUCUGUGUGCGAAUGCAUUGAAUCAGGGGAUGUAAUAUUUUUUAAGUUGCAUGAACAAUUAUCAGAGGAAAACUGUGUUUACUCACGAAACCAACUUCACAGUGACUCUUACGGGUGUCUGAUAUUAAAGCUUGUUGCGACUGGAUCCGUGUAACCAAGCAGUGAGAGAGAGAGAGCAGAGAGAUAAGCUCGUCUGUCCUCUAUAAGCGCCAUCUGCUCUUCUGAAGGAAACGACACUUGCCAUGUGUACUGGCGCGGGUUGCCUUCAGGUGCCUCGGAUGAGCUGCAGUAAAAACAGCCCUAAAGUCACAGCAAGAAAUAUAUGACAGAAGAGGAGUUUAGUAAAAAGUGAUGGCUUUCACACGUGCCGAUGCUUUUGACCUCUGCUGAUAGACGGCUUUUACGGACUCUAACUAAUAAACCCUGCCCAUGCCAUGGGCUACACACAGAACCGACCUCACUGGAAAAACACACAAAAUAUACAGCACUAUAUCUCGCCUGUGUGAAUGUGUAACUCAAAUUCUGUCUCCCCUUUUCAGGAUUUUAUUAUAUCUCAGAAGGCUAUCUGGUAUUUUGUUCUUCGGCAAGCUAAGGAAUCUUGAUUUAUAUUUCUGAGGAAGCCGGUUUACAUGUAAUUUCUACUCUGGACUUAGUUUAAAGGUUUAGAUAUUUAGGUUAAAAUGUGGUGAUAUAGGUUAAAAGUUGUAGAGAACAGUAACCCAGUAUCGUUGACGUGGUGUCAUAGCUACAAUAACUUCAAGGCUUCAUUUUGCUUAGUGGAAUCCAUAAUUUGAGCAUUGUCAUUUGUAAGUUACCUCGGAGGGAAAAUUGCAAUUAUGUGUGGAACAUCAGUAGAAAGUUCUUCUGGUGUUCAUUAUUUGUUUUUAAGUCAACUUUCAGUUUGGUUUUAUAUGCAUUUAACCUUGUGAGAUGAAGCCUUGGUUUGGUGUUGGGGGUAUAUUAAGUGCUAUUGAUUUUUUUGAUGUUGAUUUGGAUGCUAGAUAUUCCAUUCUUGUCUAUCUCUCUAUCUAUCUAUCUCUCUAUCUAUCUAUCUAUCUAUCUGCUGUUGUGUGUAAGCGUGAAUGUAUGUGUGCGUAUGCCUUUGUGUGGCAGUGGGUUGUGUAGCUCUGUGUGAUAAAGCCCGCCGCUGGUAGCACACUUAAAAGCAUAGUAGCCUGUGUACUGUACCCUGUGUCAUUCAACGGUCAAUCGGUUCCUUGCAUGUGGACGUUUGUAAAUAUACCCAAUAAACUAUUAAACUCA